AUGAAAUUUGCAUAUUUUUUGCGUAAACUAAUAUUUGGUUACGAUUCAGCCAUUCCUUGCGCAUGGAAACUUUUCCUUUUGCAGUCUGCUUGGAUCAUACCUUACUUAUUGGUGGUUAACUACUUAGAACGAAGUCUAUUACCAUUACGCUUGUUUUGCUAUACUCAAAAUGAAUUACUUGUUGUGCCUAAAGGUGAAAAGAUUAACUUGCGAUUAUGUUUGCAACGAUUUUUUUCAACCUCACAAUUGCAAUCAGUUAAUCACAGCAAAUGUUUGUAUAAACAGCCAAUCAAAACUCUUAUUACACCAAAAAUAUCUCAUAAUCAGUCAAAAAAAAUUGGUGUAAUCCGUAGUGCACCAUCUUCACGUGAUUACCGUGAUUUUAUUCGAAAAACUUAUAAAUCUGGACUAGAGCCAGAAAUUAUAGUGUUUUUUGCACUUGGAACUGGUGAUUACAAUCCGUUAAAUGAAUCUGAAAUCUAUCAUGAUAUUCUCCAAUUUGAUUUUGUUGAUUCAUAUCACAAUCUUACACUUAAAAUGAUUUCGAUAUACAAUGAAUUAUUUAAUAGAUUUGAUAAUUUACAAGAAAUUCUUGUAAUUAAUGAUGAUAUUUUGGUGAAUAUUACGGCUAUAAAAAAGUUGAAUUCUUUUGAAAAUGCAACAAUAAGUGGCAAGGUAACACGUGGAUUCCCACGAAUAAUUCUAAACUCUUCGAAAUGGUACAUACCAUAUGAAAUGUAUCCAAAAUUGUGCUAUCCACCGUUUGUACAGGGUGGUGGUUUUAUUAUUACACGUGAAGCUGCGCUUCGUGUAAUUGAAAAUAUUUGUUCAUUUCCAUCAUUUUAUCUCGAUGACGUAUUUAUGGGUAUUUUGGCUAAUUGUUUAGGCAUUAAAAUGGAACAUAUCAAUGGAUUUGAUAAAUCUUAUCCGAGUAAAUUUAUCACUUUCCAUCACCAAUGGCAUCGUUAUUCUGUAAAACAGCUUCAACUUCUCUACCACACAAUCAAUUAUUUAUAA